UUACAAAUAAAUAAUAUUGACAAUUCUUUAAUAGAAAAAAAUAUCACUUCAUUGCCAAAAGAAAUAAUAUUAAAAAUUCUCUCCUAUUUAUCAUAUUCAAAUCUCAAAACAUUAAAGUUUGUUAAUAAAUUUUUUCGACAAAUUUCACGUGAUCCAACAUUAUUGAAAUUUUAUGUGAUAUCAAACAAUAAGAGAAGCACUAAUUAUCUGAUUAAUGAACUUAAACGAUUGUUUUAUCUUGAGAAAUUUACUACAAUAAUCAGAAAUGAUACUGACUACAUUCUUCGUCAACUUUCAUUAAAUAAUAAAUAUUUAAAAAUCCUUUGUAUUUCAAAUCAAUGUACAGUUCUACCAAUCAAACGCAAUUUACGAUCAUUGGGAUUGACACGAAUACUUGAAAGGUGUCAACAUUUACAUUCAAUCAGAAUUAUUCGAUGUCGUUUGCGGGGAUUGAAAUUUUAUCAACUACUUGGCAAAUUGGGUUUGCAGAUAAAAUUCAUUGACAUUCACGCAUCUCCCGCUCAAUUUCGAACAUUUAUUACAUUUGCGACUUAUAUUAAUGAAAAUGAUCGACAAUAUUUGAUUCUUAAUAUACCAAAAAGAAAGAUAAAUACUCGAUUGAAAUACAAAUCUCAUACAAUCACAAUCUCGUGGAGAAAUCAUUUUACAACCCUAAUGGGUUGUACGAAAAAUUACAAUCCGAAAAGGUCCAGAACUCUAAAGAUCCAAAGGAACAAAAAGUAUAUGCAAACAGGAAAAAGAUUUUGGAUCUUAUGGUUCGGAUCUGUUGCAUAUGGGUACAGAAGGUCGGAACCAAAAGGUACAAUCCGAAAGGUCCAAAACUCUAUAAAGAUCCAAACGGACAAAAAAUAUGCAAACAGGAAACAAGUUCGUUUGGAUUUUCAGAGUUUUGGACCUUACGGAUUGGACCUUUUGUACCCAUACAACAGAUUCAAACCAUAA